AAAGAAUGUUGUCUAUUUUUUUUCUUUUUUCUUUAUAACUUUUUUUGACAUUAUGCAAUAUCCUGAUUUUGAAAAGUUUAUUAAGUACUUUCAGUUCAAUAAUGCACGUGAACCGCAUCGCGGAAUAAAAUAAUUCCAAAGAAUAAUGCGUGAGAGUGGCUUCCGCCUGGCUCAUAUGAAGAAUCAUAUUACAUUAGCCACAAAAUAUGAUGGUUAUUAUGUAGCGGAUCCACGUACUUUGAACAUCUUGACCAUCAACUGGGUAGAUUCAGCAGUAGGAGAAGAUGAAGAUGAGGAUGCUGAAUUUGAGGUUGCAGCUGCCGAAUUAGCAGCAGCAAUAGAAGCAACAGCAACAGCAGCAGCAGCAACAACAACAACAACAACAGCUGCAGCUCCAGCAACAACAACAGCAGCAACAACAACACCAACAACAACAGCAGCAGCUCCAGCAACAACAACAACAGCAGCAGAACUUGAAGCAGCCGUUCAACAAGCGGCUGAUGAGGCAGCAGCUACAGCUGUUUUAGCAGCAGUAGCAGCAGUAGAAGCAGCGGCAGCAGCAGCUCCUCCAAAAACAGAAAGGGAGGCUGCAUUAGCUGAAGCAUCAGCAGAGUUAGCUGCGGCAUUUGACGCUGUUCAGGAAACAACAGCAGCAACAUCAUCAUCAUCAACAGCAGCAGCAGCAUCAGCAGCAUCAGCAGCAUCAGCCGCAGUAGCAAGAGUGGCAGCUUCGCCUGCACCUAGACCGUCUCCGGUCAUUGAAAGAUUAGAAGCGUCUAUGGCUAGAGCCACAAGCUCAAGAACAGCCGUAACAGCAGCAACAGCACCAUCAUCAACAACAGCAGAGCAAGAGGAGCUUGCUGAUAUAGAAGGUCGUCUCUUGAAUAGACUUGAAAAAAAUGAUAAUCCCAGCUACCUCGCCAAAUUACAAAGAAGGGACGAUGAGCUCAACGCAUCGUCCAGAAGUGUGGAUAUGGGUACUACGUUCGAAUACGUUGUGUAUCAAAACAUGCAGCCUGGAGACGCAGAGGAUCUUAUGAUCCAAAAUGGAGCAGACCAAGUCGGCUUCUAUAAAAGGAAAGUACGGGGAGAACGUGUUCUCCAUCUUUAUGGAUUGUUAGGAAUGGCAGGUAUUUUAGCCAGCGAAAUUAUCAACGUCACAAGCUACACCAUGAUUGAAGCUGGAUUUCAUCGCGAAAUGGCAGUUUUGAUGGCGCAUCCCACCACACUAGAAUAUGAAGGGGACGUUUGGCAAGCUCGUAUUAAAGAUGACCCGGAUGAGGCCAUUUACCAGAUGAAGCGAUUGUUGGAGACAGCUGGGUUUGUGUUUGCUACAAACAAUGGUCCUACGUAUAUGGGUGUAUCAGUAGGAGGUAGAUUGGUGUUUAAUCAUGUUCCGUUGCCGGUGUACAUGUUGGAAACGGACCUACAAAAUGGAAGAGCUCGUGAAGAAUAUGAUGAAAGACAAUAA